AUGGCAUGGCACCCGGACCCUGCGGCUAGGCCCGAUUUCUCGCAGAUUGUCACCAUUCUCGAACCACACGUAAUUUGUUCCGUGCAAAAUGUGGACGCACAAGGUACUGUAUCCCACCUGAAAACGCAAUGGGAACAGUUGGCGAAUAAUCCGAUGCGGAAAAUCGCAACAUCCACCACGCUGUCGUCGUUGAACGGAAUAACGUCAAGUGGGACAGUUGAGGAGCUUCGACAACGCAUCGAUCGAAAUGGAUACGUGUGUCAAAACACUAAGGACUAG